AUGGAGUUCAAUUGGAAUACGGACGGUGAUUCUGCGACCUUUGACCAUCCAUAUUUACCCUUUGCAGUUUAUCCUCCUAUGGUCGGUGAGGUCAUUGGCUACGAAAUGGCGCGCAAUGAGCUAGCGCACACUGAGAUGAUGCACCCUGAGCUGGCACCAUGGACCUUAGCGGAACUGGAUUACGCAUACGACGCGCAAAAUGUUUGCCCUAACGAACGAAUGGAUGGCCAGUCAUAUCCACUCGACUACUACGCAUACAGCUCCCCAUUCGAUGACAGUUGGCUGGAUGGCCUGCAAGAAAUUGAAGGGUUUGAAUGGGAUACUGAAAAGGACAAUGAGCAGCACUUCUGUGAAGGGGAAGAUGAUAAAUUUCCAGCCGCCAGGCUCAUUGACUUUCCAGAUAGAACAUUCGCGGUUGUCGGCUUAAAACAUUGCGAAGGGACUGAGUUAUUCCUCGAGGAGGACUCACCCCUUCUGGACAAGAAGAUGGAUGGCCAGACACAGGUGCCAAGUGCAGUCACAGAUACACCGUUUGAGACCACAGCUACUACUGAGGCUUCGUAUACACCUCGCUCACCACCUUGGAUCUGCAGCCCAAUUCACAGGUCCUCUUCAACUCAUACCACCACACAUCUGGAAGCCGAGCCGGACGAUGAAGCAAGCAUGACAGAAGGUGGAGACUGGAAUCGCGAUGCCUCCUAUGACGUGCUCAUGGAGGAUAUCCCGAUGUUUCCUGAGUUCGAAACCCCAACUACUGCCGAGACACUGGAAGAUGCGUACACCACUGCGGUAGCAUCACAAUCAUCAAUUGAGGAUUCGGUUAUGCCGAGUCCUUCGCAGACGAAAAUCGCCCAAAAGGAAGAUCAAGGCCAAGUCCAGAAUGAGGAGGUUGGACAAGGCAGCCCAAUGACAGGUGAUGCGCACCCAGAAGACAAAUCGCCUGCCUUAGCACAAUCACACCCCGGAAGCAGCCUAAUCGAUAAUACACUGCAGGCUAGGUUGAAAUUGUCAGAGGACGUUGCACAUGCAGAUAUGGAAGCUUGGCAAGCACAGCUACAGGAUGCUGCCAGGAACACAUCCGCCGAAGAUCUUUCAAUCCGAAAUUCUCCAGCCCACCGCGAGCAUAGCGUUGAGCCAGACCAGGCUUGGGCUGUAGAGACGAAAGACAUGCUCAUGGAUGCUAGCUCUACACCGGCUCGUACGUCACCAGAACAGCAUAUUCAUAGUGACACGGUUUUACUGCCGUCGCCUUUUCAACCCGAAUUGUCCAAAACUACCAACCCUCGCAAACGUUCAAUGAGAGCUAGAAAGGCAAAGAUUGUAUCAGAAUCCGAUUAUGAUGCCCCGAUUAAGAAGAAAGCUAGAAAGUGUGUAUCUACAAACGGUGUUUCUACUCGCACCAAGAAGUCGGGCAAAGGUUCCAAGGAAGCGAAGGAGCAAGAGGAGCUCCCAGCUAUGAUGGAAAACGGGCCAAGCAUGGUGAAAGAAUCUCUACAGCUGCAUGAGAUCACAGAAUCUCAGGCACCGUUAACGCAAGCCACUCCAACCCCACUCAGAGAACGCUCCAAAACGAUGACCUGCAACAUGGCGAACGGCUUCGAACAGCAGGAGUCGGGCGAGUACCCCACGAUCAUGAGUUACAUAUUCGGACGGGCGCACCCGGAGAUGGACCCCGAUGUCGAGUACUUCACCGACGUCGAGAGUCUCCCAUCUCUCGGCGAUCGAACUCCCGUUCAAGUUCUCCUUCCCAAGAUACAGAAGAUGCCUAAAAAAGCACCUGCGACCCGCAAAUCGAGGAAACGCAAGGCUAGUUCCAUACAAGAGGAGGAUGAACAGGAGGAGGAGGUCAAGUCUGCGGUCCCACAGAAGAUGCAGCCGAUCGUGCGACGCAGCGUUAGGCAGAAGACGCAAGCUAAGAGGCAAGAUGAGCUGGUUCCCGAAGCUUCCGACCCCAAGGCCAAGGCUGGUAAGAAUUCCAGUAACGGUCUCUCGUCUGUGCCGUCCACACUUGUGUUGCCUAUGAUGACUUCUCUCGACCAGAAUAGCCACGAGGACUACGAGGAGGUCAACUACGAUGAAGUCAACAACGAUGACGAACACGACAGCGACUACAAGUCCCGCUCUGAGUCACACAAGCAAGCCGCUCCCAAAGCCACCCCCGAACCCGAACCUUAUGCGGAGAGCAAACCUUCAGAACCCCCUCGCCGCAUCUGGAAGACUAAAGCUUAUGGUCGUCCCAUAGUUCUACGUCCAGGAAGGAACAAGUAUGGGUUUUUGACUCGAAUCACACCAACGCUUGUUCGGAAGCUCGAUGAUCAGAAGGUGGAUGGGGAAGCGGAUGAGGAAGCGGAGGAAGAAGUGGCUGUUGAGGUGAACAAGGGCAAGUCUAACGCCAAAGUCAAGGAUAAGAAGGUGGUUGAUGCAGAGGAAGAUGCGGUUGUUGAGGCGAACAAGGGCAAGACCAAGGUCAAAGCCAAGGGCAGGAAGCGUUAG